CUAACCAUCAGUUAUAUACCGGAUCUGUUGAAGCUUCCAUCAUGAAGUCCUUCAUAGUGUUCACACUCUGUGCAGUGUUCUGUAUAAUCUCCGCUCAUCCCAUGCUGGACGACGAUGACGCACAAAAUCGAGUUGUUGGUGGUACCGACGCUGCUCCCGGUGCGGCUCCAUUCCAAGUUUCUCUGCAAGGACUAUUCGGACAUUCGUGCGGUGGUUCCAUCAUUGAUCGCCAGUGGGUACUAACGGCCGCCCACUGUGUUCAACUAACAACGCCGAAGCUAAUGAAGGUCCUCGUUGGCACAAACCUGCUCAGUUGUGGUGGCCAACGUUACGGAGUGGAGAAGUUCUUCGUCCACAGUCGCUACAAUCAACCCAAAUUCAGCAAUGAUAUCGCACUAGUAAAGUUAAGUUCCACUCUACAGUUCAAUGAUCUUGUUCAACCGAUCGCAUACUCAGAACGGGAACUUCCGGAAAAUGCAACACUGACGCUGACUGGUUGGGGAUUGCUUUCUGCUGUCGGUCCAAUGACUAAUAAGCUUCAAACGAUCGAUUUGAAGUAUGUCGCUUAUGAAGAAUGUAAGCGUAUGCACGAGAACGACAAUCCAAACGUUGUUGAUAUCGGACAUGUCUGCACAUUGACAAAGGAAGGAGAAGGUGUAUGUUUUGGUGAUUCUGGUGGCCCACUGGUGUACGAAGGCAAGCUUGUUGGUGUGACGAACUUUGCCGUACCAUGUGCCAAGGGUUUUCCAGAUGGUUAUGCCAGAGUGUCAUAUUAUCACGAUUGGAUUCGUACGACGAUGGCCAACAAUUCAUAA